UUGACAAUCCUACCAAAACAAAACCAAACCAAUUCUCUUUCACAAGUUAUGGACAAGAGCCAAAUAAUAAUCUAACCUAUUUGCAUUCAAACAUGAGAUUUACAACGUUGUAUCCUUGGUUAAUUCCUUGUAUUACAUCAUCCCAUUACAAUACAAUUAUUCAUUAAUUAUAAUUAUAACACUGUGAAAUUCUCCUAGUGUAAAUGUCAUCAUUAUGUGACCUACUGUUGGAUUAAUCAAUACUUUGAUCAGUGUCAAUACAAAUAUAAAACUGCACACAAACAAAUGCAUCCCAACAGUAACAGAACAUGGAAAAAGAAGUUGAACUGAAUAAAGAUAAACAGAAUGGCGACUCAAAUGAUAUUGUCAAGUUUCAAAAGCCAAAAAUUAAAGUUACCACCUUCCUUUUACCAAAUAGAAUUCCAAAUAAAGUGGGAGUAUCGAAUAGCCCAAUUCAUAGGACACAAAGUGCUAAAGAAUCCAGUUCGAGGGAGCAAAGCCCUUUCAGGAGUGGUAGACAACAGAAUAUAUCUAAAAGACCUUUGAGUCUUCACAGAUCGCACAAAAUCCCUAGAAAUAACAAUGAAUUAACUGUGAAGCGCCAAAUAGCAUUGGCAAGAUGUAGUAGUCAAUCAGAAAAUAAUAUUUGUACUGAGUCAUUGAGAUCUCCUGAAGAUGAUGAUAUAGAAGAAGAACUCAUUGAGAAAAGUAUAUCUCAUGAAAGUAUUUUAAGGGAAGCACAUGCAUUUCAGUUAAUUCCUACAUUAAAAGUGAGGCAGAGAAAUUAUCUUCAAGGUAAAGUAGGUGCUAAUUCCUUACUUGGAACAAAUGAAUUGUACAGAAUGUGUCCAAAUAGAGAAGUUACAAUUUUUGUGGGUACUUGGAAUAUGAACGGACAAUCACCGCCAAAAGAGCUUAAUGACUUUUUGUUGCCAAUUGAUAUGGAACAUGUUCCAGACAUACUUGUGGUUGGAACUCAGGAGUCCUGUUCUGAAAAAUUUGAAUGGGAAGUUACCCUGCAAGAAACAUUGGGACCAACUCAUAUAUUAUAUCAUUCGAACUCUUUGGGCACUCUCCAUGUUUGUGUCUUCCUUCGUAGAGAUCUUAUAUGGUACAUAUCAAUGCCAGAAGAUGCUAGUCUUUCAGUUAGACCUGGAACAGCUUUCAGGACAAAGGGUGCUGUAGCUACUGGCUUCAUGCUUUUCGGAACUUCGUUUUUAUUUGUAAUAGCACAUUUGACGGCUCACCAAGAAAAGGUCAAAGAGAGAGUUUCUGAUGUUCGAAAAAUAGUCAAUUCUUUGGACCUGCCAAAAAACCUUCCCUGUAAAAAUAAAAGUAAAGAUGUUACUCAAAAUUUUGACUAUGUUUUCUGGAGUGGAGAUCUGAAUUUCCGUUUGGGAACUCCAAGGAGCAAUAUCCUGGAUUGGUUAGAAAAAACCAGUUUUCCUUUACCACCACAUAUGCCUCAUGGUUACAUGCAUCACGAUCAACUGUGUUCGGUACUUUCAGAGGGAGCCGCAUUUAGGGGCUUCUCAGAAGCAAAAAUAACUUUUCCUCCAACAUACAAGUACGAUCCAGGCACCCAAAAUUUCGACACAUCAUCUAAGCAGAGGGCUCCUGCUUAUACUGAUAGGAUAUUGUACAAGCAAAAGACAUCCCGGCGUUUAAGCAGUGUUACUCAAGUGCCACCAUUGCAGUGUUUAGCUUACAAUUCAGUUCCUUCGAUAACCACAUCAGAUCACAAGCCUGUUUGGGGACUUUUCAAGGCUUACAUUAGGCCAGGUUUAGACACGAUACCUUUAGCAGCUGGACUGUUCAACAGAGAUGUUUACUUAGAAGGACUUGCUAGACGAGCCACCUUUUUGAAAGAAAACAAAGGUGCUUCCACAGUAUGCUCUUUACAAUAAAUAAUUAAUUUCCUCUCCAUAGGAUUGCAGUCAGAGAUGACUUGAAAAUCAAAAUUUAAAUAUCCAAAAUAUUGAAAUUUUGUGUAAUAUGAAAAAUAUCUCAGAUAAAACAGUACCAGUUCAGCACAAUUAUGAAUCCAUUGAAUAGAAUUAAGUCAUAAUUAGUUCUUUUUGAGUAGGAUUUAGGUCAAUUGAAGAUUAUUGAACUUGAAAUCAAACUCGAAACGAACUAGCCAAAAAUUGGUCAUUAAGUUAUAAAUUCUAAUACAAAGUCAGAAUUGCUAGUUUUAAGUAAAAAACGUUGUAGUCAGGCUCAAACUAGGUCCCUUUACAACCACAGAUGAGCUCGUAUUAUUUUUUUAUUGUUGUGAAAUCUGUUUUUUGAAUUGCAAAUUAUUUAUUUCAGUCAUAUUAGAUUUCUUCUUAUAUUAAAGUUUGAAUUCCAUUCUAGUCAUACUCUAGCUUUAAUUGUGAGUUUCACAAUGUUUUUAUUGUGGUGAAUAUCGUAAUUAAGAUGCCUAGAAAACCUGUUCUGCCUACUUAUACCUAUAAAACUUUCAUACAAAACGGGAGAUUUUUCAGAUUUAUGCCUACUUGAUUUUUAGAGAUCACUAGAGUUUCAGAUGGCGCACACAUCGUUUAUAUUUGACAUUUCUUGUGAUUCUCGACAAUCGUGACCUUUGAGACACAAUAAUAAUAUUUUAUAUUCUAUGCUAGUGACAAUCUUCUAUACUCUGUCGUUAUUUUCCGAUAAUUUCAUUAUAAAUUCGAUAUAAACUGAAUUGCUAUCUCUUGUGAAAGUUUGCAGAGUCUCAAAUCAUUAUUUCAUCCUUAAACACUAACAGACAGCUGGAAUUCGAACAAUUCUGAAGAGCGCCACCUUACAGAACUCUGCUAAGUUCUAGCCAAAGAAACAGGUGGACUAUCUCAAAAAGUCUGAAAGAAAAUCGAAUCAGUGCACACACCAGGGUUUCUAUUCAUCUUAAUCAUAAUCACAUCAUUUCUGUGUUCAUUUUUGAUCCACCAUAGAUUUCAAACUUAAAUCAGUGAGUUGAUCGAUCGUUCAAAUUUUUGUGAAACCUGCAAUAAGAUGAUUCUAGUUACUUAGGCUUCGAUUUUCUGGGAGGUUUUAUUCGCACAGCUUAUUUCGGAUGAAAUAAUUUUCAACGUGGAGGUUAUAUAAAAAAUUUAAUACAAACAUGUGUAUAUACAAGAAUUAUCUAUUUUCUUAACUUUUAACAUCAUGUUCCCUAAAAUGCCUUCAAAUGCGAUAAAAUUGGACCAAUUAUUCCUUGAAAGAUGGUAGGUACUAAGGUUGUUGUCACUUAUAUUUUAUUAAAUGUUAAUUGUUUCAUGUCACAAACUAUGUUGUAACAAGUAGUGAUAUAGUCUAUAGCUGCUCCCUAAUUCAGUGUAUUAUCCCAUUUUUUCCUAAAGAAAUAAGAGAAAAAUCCUCUAAAUGAACUUCAACAAUGUCUUUUAUGUUGUAAAAACAUGUUGGUACUGUGUAAUAAUAUUGUUUUGUUUAUGUGAUACAGUUGUUGAUUGUCAGUGUUCUCAUUAUCAUAGGAUUAAUCGAAAAAAUCAAAUAGUGACCCCCUUGAACUUUGCUAUUCCAUGAAUGAAGGAUAAAUGUGCAUCUCAUCCUACUUUUAUGGAAUGGUACCUACUUUCUUAACAGCCUUCCAUUUAGCAAUAAGUUUAAUGUCCAAAAAAAUAAUAUAUAUAUAUAUAUUUGUUAGAUGUAA